AUGACGCCAGACGGCAGCAAUACCAUCACUCACCAUCCAUCCAUCUUUCACCUCCAACAGCUUUCGUCCCCCAGCAGCGGGAGCGGCUCUCGCUCGCCCGCGCGCCAAAACCAGCAUCAUUACCACCACCAUCAUGAACAACAUCGUGCCGCUAGUACAUCCAUAGAGCCCGUUGCCCCUCCUGGACAAGAGCAAGAUGCCGUUGAGAGGCACCCAUCUCACGCCACGGACGUGGAGAGUCAGAUGACCGCCGGUCCAAAUUCAAGGCUGCCACGUCUUAGCAUCGAGAGCGAUCCAUAUGGGCUUUCAUCGUCCUACAAGACAGAAUCAGAUUUGGAUCAAAUCAAGGCUAAUUCUUCUCGCAAGAGAGGUGGGUCGCGAAUCUGCAGUCCGUCCGCCAAGAGAUCCUCCAUCAAUAGUGCACAGCCUGGCCCAAAACGUAAUGCUCGAAAAGUCUGUAGCUUUUACGAGAAUCAGAACGCAGCCAUCGAACGUAUGCUCAAGUCCGUGGAGGAACACCGCGCCGAAGCCCGUCAAGAGCAAGGCGACGACCAGGUCAAGUUCCGCAUCGCAAUAUAUGGAUCUCUUGCCGCAAACGUCAUUCUCGCCGGGCUGCAGCUAUACGCAGCCAUCUCCUCUGGUUCUUUGUCUUUGUUCACAACCAUGGCGGAUGCCAUAUUCGAUCCGCUCAGCACGCUCACUCUUAUUUUCUCCAACCGCGCAAUCAAACGAGUUGACCCUCGCCGUUUCCCAGCCGGCAAGGCCAGACUUGAAACGGUUGGCAACAUCAUUUUCUGUUUCCUCAUGACGUCGGUGUCUCUCAUUAUCAUUGCGUUUGCCGCUCAAGAGCUCAGUCGAUCGAGAACGAGCAAGGAAUUCCAUUUGCCAUCUGUCAUUUCUGUCUGUGCUGCCUUCCUUACCAAGUUUUCUCUCUUUUUGUACUGCUGGUCUCUUAAAAACAAGUAUAGUCAGGUCAACAUCUUGUGGCAAGACCAUCGUAAUGAUCUCUUGGUCAACGGAUUUGGUAUUCUGACAUCAGUCGGUGGUGCCAAACUUCAAUGGUGGAUUGACCCAAUGGGCGCCAUCUUGCUAUCACUUUUGAUCUCGGGGAUCUGGCUCCGCACUGCAUUUAAUGAAUUUAUGUUGUUGGUAGGCGUCGUCGCAUCAGUUGACAUGCAACAACUCAUCACCUACGUGUGCCUCACGCAUUCGCCUGCUGUGCAAGGCAUCGACACCGUACGUGUCUACCACUCUGGUCCACGACUGAUUGCCGAGGUAGACAUUGUCAUGAACCCUGCCGGUACACUGCUGGAAACUCAUGACACCGCUGAGGAGCUUCAGUUCAAGUUGGAGAGUCUUCCGGACGUUGAGCGGGCGUAUGUUCAUAUCGACUACGAGACAACACAUAAACCUGAACAUGCAUAUAAGAAAGAUAUUUAA